AUGCGUCUCUUGCUCCCCACCAUUGGGCUUCUUGGUGCGACCUCGUCGGUCUUCGCAGCUCCCGCCGCCCCACGGGCGAUCCAGAAAGAACUCCCCGAUGGCCUGCCAUAUCCAAGUCCAAGCGAGUUAUCAUUGAUUGAGGAGGCCGCUCAUGGAACUCUCCCAAAUAGUCCACCCCCACCUGUCAUCAGCAACAAGGGCAUCACCAACCUUAAGCUGAUCGCAUUCAACGAACUCUUCGAGGUGGCUUUCUUCCACCAGCUCCUUACAAACAUUACCGAGAAUAUCGAUGGCUACCGCUUCGUUGACAAGGGAGAUCGUGACUUUGUGACCAGAUCUUUGAGGGCCAUUCUGGCGCAAGAGGAACUUCAUGCCAUCCGUGCAAACGAUGCCCUCAUUCAUUUUGACCAGAAACCCGUCGAGCCGUGCGAAUACAUCUUCCCAGUUCAGGACUUUGACACUGCCAUUACGCUCGCCUCUACCUUCACCGAUGUGGUUCUUGGAACACUGCAAGAUGCAGUGGAGCGUUUUGCCUUGGGUCACGAUUCCGACCUUGCCCGUGAAAUCGCUUCAGUGAUUGCCAACGAGGGUGAACAGCAAGGCUGGUUCCGGGUCAUGCAGGCUCGUAUCCCCAGUGAACUUCCCUUUGCCACUACCUCGGACCUCAACUUCGCAUUCACGGCCGUUCAAGGCUUCACCGUGCCAGGUAGCUGUCCCACCCUUGAUGAGAUCCCACUGCGUACCUUUGAGAACUUAGAUAUUCUCACGAAGCCAAAAGCUGAGUCGCAAAAUAUCACCUUUUCCUUCGAGGACAAAACCAACGAGACCGAACAUCUGUUAUGGAUGACCUAUAUCAACCAGUUGAAUCUUCCAAUCGUUGAGCCUCUCAAUGUCAUUUCGAAGAAUGGCACUCUGGUCCAGGCAACUGCCUUGUUCCCAUACAACGACUACGAGUUGAAUGGAUUGACCAUUGCUGCUGUGACAAAAAGUGAUGGUCCGUUUGGGGAUGUGAAUUCGGUUGCGAAGUGGACGCUUGCGGGACCUGGUCUUAUUAUUGUUGAUUGA